AUGGGGAUUGCAGAGCUCUACAAGUUCGACGAGGAUCAAACUGAUGAGGAAAAGGAGGCGCAGAAGGGGAGGCAGAAUCAUAUAGCACUCUACGCGCUUUGGAUUAUUAUUGGAUGCGUUGUCCUCAUCCUCAUUUUCUUCAUCGUCGCUGGAAGCAUUAGAGCGUUUCGUAACCCACGCAGAUACGGUAGACGCGCUCGUAGAAGACGCGUUACAGACACACCCAAUAGCCAGACUGUUACUAUCCAAGACAAUUUCCAGAUACGCGCCGCUGGCAUUGCGCGCGCUAUCCUCGAAACUUUCCCCCUUGUGAAAUUCAAUGAUGAAAAUUUGCACAAGGUUGAUAAUGAUAAAAGUACUCAAGAUAUUGAACUGGGUGAUACCUCACAAAAGCCUGACUCUGAAAACACUAACAACUGCGCUAUCUGCUAUGAAGAUUUUCAGAACGGUGAACAACUCCGCAUUCUGCCAUGCAGCCUCAAACACUGUUUUCACUCCAGCUGCAUCGAUCAAUGGCUACUUGAAAUACAAGGCGUCUGUCCAUUGUGUAGAAAAGAUUUCAGAGAUACCAAGUUGCAAGCAGAAGCAUCUAACUCCUCCAACUCUCUAACUUUCCUCUCUCGCUCUACCGCUCAUCUCCCAGGCAGACGUCAUGUUUCGUUGCAGUCGUUCAGAAACGCUCUCAGACUUUCUCGUUGUACUCAUUCUCAAUCUGCUCACGAACUCCACCCUAUCAGCGAGCACUUUGAAGAAGCUGACAUCACAGAUAGCCGCGACAACCGCGUUGACAACCAGGCUGACAGCGGCAAUAGCAAUAGUCAUAUCAGCAACAGUAACAACCAAGGCAAUAAUACCCACAACAUCGAUAUAGACCAUCCAGCUACCUCCGCUUCACCCUAUCUCUUCACAUCCCUCUUUUGUCGGAUAAUGAACAACCAUAGUGCAGAUAGAGUUUAA